CAUGAGAGCUUUGGUAGCGCAUUAGUAUGAAAUAUACAAUAGCGUUUUACAAAAAAUGUAAUAAAUGGAAGAUGAUAUUAUUUAUUGAUGAUACCACCUUAGUUUUACUAAUGAAAAUUACUUUAAAUUGUACAUCUCAAUAUUUUUGAUUCUUAUGACAAUCUACGAAAUGAUAGGGAGUAAUAUCCAGCCAAUUUGAACAUCUAAAAUCUGAAACAUCAGGAUGUUUGAGGUGAGAGCAUUCAUCGUUUAAUUUCUUUAAUUUUAUGAUAAAAGUUUGGCAAUAAAUACCUUUCUCAAAUUACCACCAUCAAUUUUUUACACACAAUAAAAUUUUUUAUAGAAGUUUACAUUUAGCUAAACUUUAGAAAAUUAUUGAUGGUUUGGACCAUAAAUAGCUGAUAAGAUAAGAAUGGCUGGAACCAUAAAAUUCAUUAACUUUUAAUAAUACCCUCUUCAAACUCCUGAAUUUACAAAUUACGGCUCUUUGUUACUGGAAAUUCUGAAGAUAUGCAUGAUGUCUGGACAAACAAUCCAGGGUUGCUGAUCUGCCAAAAAAUCAAUGUGGGAAUAAAAAUUAUGCGAUAAUAAUAGAGUGUUAUUUUAUUGAUAAUUCAUAUGCUAUAGAACAAAAAUUACUCAAAAAAGUAUUAACUCUUAAAAUUUACCAUACACCUGCCUAUCAAAGAUAAAAUUUUGGUCCUUUUAGACAGUUAAUCGUAUGAAGGGUUCCACGAAAGAAAUUAAAUGAGUCUAUAAAACACGCCUAUUAGCUUUGUUGUGAGAAUGUAGGAAAAUUUUUAUUUAUUUUGCUUUUGUAGGAUCUUCUACCUAUUUCUACUUAUUUUUAUUGGAGGAGUAUAAGAGAGGAUUAAAAAGGCAAAGAAUAAAGCAAAAAUUAAGUUCUUACAAUGGCUCCUUCCAAAAUUACCAAACACUAAAAGCAUUUCUGCAUCUUUAAAGGAUUUAGUGAAGAAUUAUAACGAUUAAAGUUUUGAGAAUCUAGCAAUCCUCAAGCUAAUCACAAGCCCUACCUCAUCUGAAGAACUUGUUAACUAUCAUAUGAAAAGAUCUUCGGAGAUUUUAUACCUAAAUUUUGAAAAUCCUUGAGCAACGAGUACCAAAUAAUAUUUAAUCUGCUAAGUUUAAACGUAAGCCUAUAUUUUAGAAAUAAACCCUUGUGAGGAUGACAAAGGUCUCUUUUGGAAACCCUAACUUGUAGCCAUUAUUGACUAAGAUAUUUCUAACCCUAGACAUAAAAAUUCUUAUCUAUGAAUUAUAAUGUCAGCAACAAUAACCAUAAAAUUUGCAUUUAUCCAAUAACUUUUCUUCUUUCAAUUCUCAAAGGAGAACAGGAUCACUGGAAGAGCACUUUUGAUGAAAUCUUGCUCAAAAGAUGCCCUUUACUGGUCCUAUUGGGCUAACUUAAUAAUUCAGCAUGUCCUAUGUGUGGGUCCUAAUUUGGCAAGGAGAGAGCUCACUAAAAAUUAUUUGGAUACAAAUUUAAUUGAUGUCCAUUUGAGUCAAGACAGGACUUAUAUUUAUCUCAAAGCAAAGAUAUAGGCGAAAGGAGCUCAAUUCUCCAGACCAUUUAGUUUAUUUAGUGUGUAAAAACUAUGCAACCCUUAUGAAUCAAGAUGACCAGAAGAAAGCCAGGAAAUAUCACAAGUAAAUUUAAAUGCAAAUCUUUGUUUUAUAAGGCAAAUUUGAGAGCCUGGGAGAUAAGAAAAUAAUGUUUGAAGGUUUUUAUGACUAUUCUUCGCAAAAUUAAUUAAACUGAAUUAUAUUCUCUAUAAAUCUUGACUUAAUGCUUUAAAAGCAAGCAAGCAUUGGCAAUCAGAAGUUAUUCUGGCUUCUUUAGACUAUUUUACUAAGAAAUCUGAAAAUAAAACUUUUGAGACUGGAGACAACUUAUAAAACUUAUAAUAUAUUAUAAAUAUCCUUAAUU